AUGAAGAGUGUUGUAGCUUGCUUUCUCCUUUUUUUAGGUAUCUCCAACGGGAGAAGCCUGUUUAGAGAGCCAAGGGAGUACGAUUGGAACUCUACCGCAUUCUCUUUACAAAAACGACAAGACAAUGGACCAAUACAGUGCACCAGUAGCACUCCUUGCGCAGAUGGUAGCUGCUGUAACUCGACGGAAGAACUUCACUGCAAGAAUGCAGACCCCAAGGGAAAUACCUUACCUUGUCAAGCAGGGUAUGGUCUGUGCCAGGUGAUACCGCCUCCAUCUUGUGGAACAGGGAGCGGAACUGCCAGUGGCGGAAGAAAAAUAGGUUAUUAUCAAGUUUCGAAUAUAAGAGGCAGGGUUUGCAACAAAGUAGUUCCAGAUCAACUUAUUACCAGGGGCUUCACACAACUUAAUCUUGCGUUUGCAUCAAUCAAUCCAUCAACUUUUGAAGUUAUACCUUGGGAUCCUGCAGAUGAGCCCUAUUAUUAUUCAUUCACGAACCUGAAGUCGGCAACACUACAAACAUGGAUAUCCGUGGGUGGAUUUGAUUUCAGCGAUCCCGGUCCAACGCACACGACAUGGUCAGAUAUGGUGGCCACAGCCGGCAACAGACAAAAAUUUAUCUCAUCCCUCUUAAGUUUUAUGGCAAAAUACAAAUUUCAAGGGGCAGAUCUUGAUUGGGAGUAUCCUACUGCACCAGAGCGUGGAGGAAGAUCAACAGAUCCUCAAAACUAUGUCAGUCUCGUGAGAGAGAUGAGGGCAGCAUUUGGCACUACAUACGGGAUAAGUCUCGUGCUCGCCCCGGAUUACUGGUACCUUCGAGGCAUGGAUCCAAAAUCAAUGGAGCCCUAUGUCGAUCAUUUUGGCUUCAUGUCCUAUGAUCUUCACGGCUCGUGGGAUGGCAAUAACCCGACAUUGGGACCUAAGAUUCGUCCACAAACCGAUAUUAGGGAGAUCUAUAAUGACACAAAACCACUUUGGUUCGCAAAGCUUAACCCUGCCAAAAUAAAUUUUGGAAUAGCGUAUUAUGGUCGCGGGUAUACUGUUGCAGAUAGAUCCUGUAUGACCCUGGGUUGUACAUUCAGCGGACCGAACAAAGCAGCUGCCUGUACCAACUUCCCUGGUGUUAUGUCCGCUAGAGAAAUUCAAAAUAUUAUCGACAGUAGAGGCGUUAGGCCAAACCUACUGUCCGGUCCGAUGAUUAAAGAGCUCAAGUGGGACGACCAAUGGAUGGGCUAUGACGACGAUGAGACCAUAGCUAUGAAGCUCGGCGUAGCUAACGAUCUCUGUUUGGGUGGAUCAAUGGUGUGGUCUGUCGACUUUGAUGCUCGUAUCGCCGACCAAGGUGCACCGCCAACGGUUCCACAACCCGGAAGCCCCCCUCCUCUGUUCAUACCUGGCAGUAAUCUGAAUAUCGUCACGCAGGGUGAUUCUUUCGUUGUUGUAGCCGCCGGAUCACAAUUAGGGAGUGCUACCACAAGACAAUACCAAUGGAGAUAUUACGGGGUUAGAGAGGGCCAAACUGUUGACUACUCAUUUUUGUUUGAGCAGAAUAACAGUCCAAUCUCGGUGUCAAAAGCAUUGUCGGCCGGGUUUGACAUCGGGUCAGAUAAGCCACCUACUGCUGUAACCUACCACAGAGUUUUUGGAAGAAGGUGUAGCUAUGAUCCUAAUACUGGACCUGGUGGAAGUUUGGAAUGCUGGGGCGAGGGCUCAUCUGGCCCGUCAGCGACUUCCGCCCCGAGCCAGACUGUGACUUCCGCCGCUCCAAGCGCUACUGCAACAAUACAAUGCUCUAAGCCAAGUGCCUCAGCAAUGUUCUGUGCUCCACAGAAUAGAAAUUGCGGCAGGAUCUACUCUGUUUGCGAUAUGCCGCAGCCAGAUGUUGCACCGCGAGGACUGCCCAACAUUCCGCCGAUCCCCCCUAUACCCGAUCCUUCUUUCCCAGGUCAUAUCAUAGGGCAGAUGGGUAGGGUUCCGCUUAUGCUUCGGUAUAUCUCAGUCGCAUGGAUGAUGGACCGGAUCCGCCCAGGUGUCAAUUAUGGAAAUCAUGUCCAGCUGUUCUAUACUAGGCCGCUCGUCGCAAUAUUUGGGAGGCGCGGCCUUUCGGGGAUAGCUCAAACUGUUGCAUCGCACCGGGGCGGUAACGGCUGGCUAACCAUAUGGGACGGCUGGUAUAGCGACGACUUCCCCAACACUAAUGACCCUUAUAUUAAUUACUACGAUCUAAGCCCAUUCGGGUAUCUUAGAGACGUCCGUAUUACCGAUCCCAGACCGGUUUUACCCCAAGAUUUCUAUGAGGCUAGCGACCAAUACUAUUAUUUCAGUUUGAUGUCUGCCGCGUAUGCUAUGUCGGCCCGAGGGAUAGUAAUAGUCCUUACGGAUGACCCACGCAGAAUCACUAUGACAGGAAUCUGGGGAAACGUUGAAUUUCGUAUCCUUUCAAAUCAAGGUUGGACCGACCGGUACGGCAACACAGUAAGAAACCCGAAUGUUGAUCUGAUCAUUGCUACAAAUGAGGAGGAAACGGUAACAUACAUAAUCUUCGAUCGCCAUGACCCAAGUACCACUCCGAAUUCACCAAAACCCUGGGGCGGUCCUUUGCCUGAUGUCAACGGGAGAACAAAGAGGCAACUAUGCGGGGCAGCGUGCCAGCCAGAUGGUAUUCUCCGAUGGCCAGUGGCUAGAAGUGAUCCAGAGAGGUUCUCAUACGGAGGAAGGCCAUACUGGUUCGACUUUUUCGGUUGA